AUGUAUGAUGUUCAAUAUUCUGCAUGUAGCUCUCCAUUUCAAUGGAAAUGUGACUCAGGAGAAUGUAUAGCACAAUAUGAUUUAUGUGAUGAUAUUCCUCAAUGUGAUGAUGGUUCUGAUGAAAUGUAUUGUAAUGGAAGAACACAUCCAACAACAGAACGUUUAACAAAUAUUGGUGUGAUAAAUGAUAAUAUUAAUCAAAAUAAUAAUACAUCCAAUAUUUGGAAACUUUCUCGUUACUCCUUCAAUAAUCAUGUUUCAAUUAUUGGCAUUAUAUCAAUUAUUAUUGUAAUAAUAUUUUAUAUUAUUAUAUGUAGACAACGACGACGUUCCCUCAAUCAUAAUUUUAGAAAAAGUGAUAUAAUUGCUGAAGAUGAGGAUGAAUUAUUAAUUAAUUCAAUGUAUUCAUAA